UAAUAGUUCCUGACAUAAACACACUUAGAACACUUACACUUUUUACUAAUUCACACACAUUACAAUUUCUGAAAAACCACACAGAGCGGGAAGCUCUCGACUGAAGUCCAACAACACACCACACACUUGUAGGAAUGAAUCAUGGCAAGAACGUGGACUUUAGCGUAUUGGAAUUUGAUAAUUACACGGAUUACAUCAACUCCUUUGCCACUGUCCACGACUACCGGUAUCUGAACAACCAGCGCACCAUCAAGACCAUCGUCCAGCUGGGCUAUCGUACCACCAAGGUUCCCUACACAGCCGAUGAGUUUGCGAAGCGUGUCAACAUGGCCGUUGAGGCCAUCAGGCCAAAGACAGCUCACGUUGGCUUAUUCAGCGACUUGAUGUCACCGACUAACCAGGACCCAGUGCUGUUGGAGUUCAAAGCUCGAGAGCCGCUCAACCUCAACAAGAUCCUGUCGACAAUUGUUUUUACUUCUUAUAUAAACAUCGACGGAUCAGAGAUCUCCGGAUACAUCGAUCUGGAUAUGAGUUGGCGAAACUGCUUCUUGCAAUCCUUGAAGCACACGGAUUGGCGUGGAGUCUUUGCUGGUCGCACUCGGCUGAAGCCAAUGCCCCACCAUCUCAGCUACUCGAAUCCCAGAUAUAACAUGGUCAAGUACACCCAGAGCGACAACUACGUGGUUAUGCACGAUCACCAUUUCGGGCUGAUGUUUAUGCACAGGGGUGACCACAAGAUGAUUUCUGUGGGUGGACAGCACAAUAUAUAUUCGAGGAAUGCCAAGAGGUCGAUGGUCUAUUCACCGAAGUACGGAUAUGUCGUCUUCUACGAUCACUUUGUGCGCAAGAAGGUCUAGUCCUCGAUUCUAAUCUAAAUUUUAACAGGUGUUAUGGGAAUACUUAUGUGAAUUUUAAAACAUGUAAAAGACUAUUAAAUUGAAUGAUUAUAACAGAGUA